CCAAUGACGUUGAGAACAUGUGUUGAAAGCGUGAAUUUAAGAAAGAAGUUAAAUGACAUUCUGAUUAUCAAAAUCUUCUGGUGUGAAUACAAUGCCAUCUUACGAACUGGCGUUGAUUGUUAAGGCUUUAAGCCGGCCUGAACUCGGCAUUGUGUUAAAAAGAACUUGUGAAAAUAUUAUGCAGAAAGGAGGUAUAGUUCGAAAUCUUGAGAACCUUGGCCACAGGACAUUGCCUUUUAAAAUGUCUAAACAUGGACAGAGGCAUAUUACAGGAAACUAUUUCAUUGUGAACUUUGACAGCUCUCCAAGUUUACCUGCUGAACUGUCUGACUUUCUACAUAGGGAUGUAGACAUUGUCCGUCCAACAGUUGUUCUGAAAGACGAUGGGUUUAUUCCUCCGUGUAAACUGACGGAACAAGAGUGUAACUUUGGAGAGCAGGAAAAUCCAGACCAUGAAAAACGUCUCUGGAGAGGGCGGAUUGUCAGGAAGUUAAAACUAAGACAUUAUGACAAAAAGAAGGAAAACCGAAUGUAGUGAUAAUAAUUAUGUUUCAAUCACCUUGUGUUUGUAGAUAUCUUAGAAUUUCAAAAUACACUUUGUCAAAUAUCAUGAACUUUUAUCCGUUUUAUCUUACAACAAUUUGCUGUUUGUAAAGGAUGCUUUCUGGAUUUGUGAUUUUUGUAUAGGAUGGAGUUUGUCAUGAAAUAUCUUUGUGAUUGUAACUGUAUCCAAAGUAAACCACUGUCAAUCAAUUGAAGAUUGUAAUUGGCUGAAAACAUGUGCCAUCUGUCCUCAGAUUUCAUUCACAGUGCUAAUUUUUAGGCUACUUUUACACCAGAUAUGUCUCCAGAGUCAAAUAUGUAGUCAGAGGGAUUUGGAAAUGUCAAAGGUCUAUUUGGUCCUCACUGUUCAUGUGUUGAGUAAUGCUAAAUUAUGAUAUGACGAUUCCACAAAUCCAUUCUCAUGUUCGGCACCUCAUCACAAGUUCAUAGUUUUUUUGUUGAAAUUUAGAUACAUUUAUGUCUUAUUAUAACAAUUAUGAGGUAAUCUGAUGAUAACAUUUAUGAAUUGUACUACGGAGCUUUACAAAGCAGUGUACAUCGAUGUACUCCUUUGUUGUUUUCUGUAAUAUGUCAAUGAUUAUGUGGUUGUGCUGGAAAUGCAAAGAAGUAGUUCACAAGCACUGUAGCCAAACACUGGAAAAUGAUAGAGUCUUGGAGCUGGCUUGUCGGGGUGGGAAAUGUUGAGCCAUCACAUCCAUUUCAAGGACACAGGAAUAACCAAGGAGUAAGCAGGAAUCCUCCUUGUGGCUCACUUUCUGAGGUACUUUUGUGGAUGCUCUUUGUCCCUUAAAGGAGAAGAAAACUUUAAAUAAAAAUGACACUAUAGGUUGAAAAGAGCACAUUUUAUUCUAUCUGGUGUUGCCUGCUGCAUAAUUUUACGAUUUUUCAUUCCCAUACACGUAAAGCCUGAAAACGGCAAAGCUGACAUAAAUCGCUGAGUCCAUCACGUCCUCCAUCUUUAACAUUUUGUAAUUUAUGCUGGGGAUGUGUUGCCUCUCAGCCAAUGAGAGUCGUUAAAACUGUCGGCUUGUUCGUGCGAACUCAAAACCUACGUCUAACAUUCCGGUUUCCCAAUUGUCGAGCGGAAAACUAGCUGUACUGUUCGCUAGCUUCUGGGAAGAAGAGUUCUACCGGAAAUGUACGAACUGCACUUCGGCGGUUUCCGAUGGCAAUUUUCCUUCUAACACAGAAGACUUCAGGACUAGUUCUUGGGCAAAAUGUAGGCUCCCACUACUUUGUUUAUAAUUUAUCAACUCAAGGUACAUAGAAUUUUUUUCAUGGCAUGCACCUGCGAGGAAAUGCAUACUCUUUUCAAUUGUAUUUGAUUGAUAUUUACAUUUUCUUCUCCUUUAAGCCCCAUCUGGACCUAUCCAACAUUAGUCAACUUUUGUUGACUCAACAAGAGUCAACUUAAAGUUGAGACGUGUUGAGUAGUCUGGACGGGUUCCUCAACUUUGUCAACAACACUCAACACUAUCCAACACGGUUGAAUCGGCAAUGUGCAUGUAUAUUUUUUUGUCAACAAGCUGAGUGAAGUUGAGUGAAAGUAGCCAAUUAGGGGCGUGUAGAAAUAACGAGACCAGCCGAUAAACCCACAACACGAUUGCUGCUCGCCAUAGUGUAUCAUGCUUUGGAUAGAAAAUAUGGAGACUUCCCUCAAACUUAUCGAAAAAAAAAAAAAAAAAAAUACACAGCUGUUGGACACGUCAACAGUGUUGGACAAAGUUGACCAAUCUGAUUUGUAGUGGACACUCAACUUACCUCAAUAGCAUUCAACUUGCUGUUGACUCUUGUUGAGUCAACAAAAGUUGAAUGAUGGAUAAUCUGGAGGAGCUUUAACCCUGGCCAAUGUCUCGCAGCCCCCUGCCCUCCAGAUGUAGUGGAGUGAAAAUUCUCUCUGCCCUGUAGGAUAUGGCUGAAACACUUCCCAUGUGGUGUUGGGCAUCCACUACCAUUCAUUCAUUCAAUUAGUUCAGUAAGAAAACAAAAAGUUUUUUGGCUUCCAUGCAGCCUGCAAUGAUGGGUUUCAGCUUCUGCUUCAAUACAGAGCAGUUUGCCAUAUGACAGUGUUUGUAACAGUCAUUCAGCAACACCGCAAUAUUGGUAUUAAGAUACACAGUCCGUUUGGGGACGUCAUCGUCUAAUUACCCUCAGGUUAAGUUUAUUUAUUUAUUUGAUUGGUGUUUUACGCCGUACUCAAGAAUAUUUCACUUAUACAACGGCGGC